AUGGUCCCCCGUUCCCUUCUCCACCUCUCCAUAUUUGCGUCCCUGGUCGCAGCAUCGAAGCAGUGCUAUUUCCCUAGCGGAGAUGUUGCCCUCGACGACGUCCCUUGUUUCUCGGGUGACGCAGACUCACCAUGUUGCUCCAAAGAUUCGAUUUGUCUCAGCAAUGGGCUUUGUUACGGGAUCUCACAACCAUAUUCGCUGAGUCGAGGUAGUUGCACCAAUAAGAACUGGCCAGCAGACGGCGGUUGCGACGAUAAGUGUUCUGAUGCAACCGACAUGCGCAAUAAAGGGUGUGCGCUGCCGUUUUAUCACAUUAUGGACGAGAAGCCUUACUAUUGCGCCAACUCCGUUGUAGUCAAUUCGUCAGGCGACCUCGCUUGUUACGCUGGCUCCCCCUUCACACUUAAUUCCGGGGAGUUAAUUUCGGGCAAGGCUGCGCUCGCCAAUUACACUUCUGCUCAUAUCAGCUCAAACUCCACGUCGAAUGCGAGCACAACUGCAUGCCCCACAACACCGAGCGACGAGAACAAGGGGGCCAAUGAUAACACGGAAGGGAAAAAUAACAAUGCUGUCGCGAUCGGAGCCGGGGUGGGAAUACCACUAGGAGUCCUGCUUCUCACUGCGCUGGGCUGGGCAUUAUUCGAACGGAAAAAACGACUCUCUGCUCAGGCUUUGGUGGCGGGACUCCAAUCCCAAGCUGCCGCGACACCGACGUACUGGGAUGGGCCGGGACAGAAAUCGGGUUAUUCUCCUCCUACUGAGCUCUCUGCUUACAAACCACCCCAAGAGCUAGAGACUACCUCCCGUUGA